AUGGUCCGAACUCUCGGUAACAAACUGCACACCCGGGCACAGCACACCGUGACACCUCUUUCCCAUCUCCACGCCCGCCGCAACGCGCUGAAUCAUUCCGAGAAAGCUGCAGGCUGGAACUCUGGACCUACAUUGACGCUGCCGAAUUCCACACAGACACAGUCGAAGCAGCUUGCCGGUUUGCCAACUUGGACAGACAAAUACAUCGUCACCAAACUGGGUGACAAGUGGGCAUCGCCAAAACUCGCCUCCCACGAUGUCACCCCAUACCCUCACCAUCAACGCCCUCAUACCACUUUCACAGCAUAUUCACCUACCGUCGUCACCAAUGCUGAGCAGAAAGAAAAAGAAGAAGCAAAAAACAAAAGCCACAAAAAGGGGAGGACGCUAGGACUUGACUUCCAUCUUGAGCUACCCUGUCCACCAGUGAACCACCCCCCAGAACCUCGAAGCGACCCCAAACCAGGCAGGGAUCAGCCCUCUUCGGAGAGGAAAACCAAGGUCUGCCAGCCCUCCAAGGAAGAGCUCAAAUCUCCUGUUUAUCUGCAUUGUGCACCUAGUGUCUACGUAGAGAGCAAUGUAUACAACGCCACACGAUAUAGCAGCCCAUUUGCUCUCCUAUACGCGAUGCUCAAGAUACUCGGCUACGAUGGCCGUACCUGCAACACCCUCCCACAGAUUCCCAAUUCCUCCUCAUCAAUGCCAUUGACCCUCAUCAUUGGCCGUUCGUCCCAAAGUACUCCAAAGAACAUGGAUCCCAGAAACGACAACACGGAUGGCACCUACGUAAGCAGCCAGAUCAUAGCCCUUGCUCGGGGGAGGAUCGCAACUUGUGAAGAGCAUGCAUGCAUACCUGCAACCAUCUCUCGAAUGCCUGCUCACCCACAACCCUGUGCCUGUGCUGGCCUCGCAAAAGAGAUCGGCCUCAGCUCGACAAGGUCCUACGACCUGCAGUAG